AUGCCCCCGGCGGAUACAGCCUUCACUUCGGACGCUAUCCACGUCCUUAUUACUGGGUUUGGACCCUUCCGGAACUACUCUGAGAACCCCUCAUGGCUCGCCGUGAAGGCACUCCACGAUGCCAUCCUCUCCACCACCAAGGCUCAGCACGCAAGCAGUGCGAACGGAGCCCCGCGCACUCGGCAGAUCUAUGUCACGGUACUCGAGGUGCCGGUCGUGUACGAAAACGUGCUGCAGAUUGUGCCUGGGCUGCAUAAAAAGCCGCCAGUGCUGCCAUCACCCAUCGAUCCUGCGUUCACGCCGACGCACCUGCCCAGCGGCGGCUUCGACUUCAUCCUGCACGUCGGCGUCGCAAAGCCCGGCGGAGUCUCCCUCGAGCAGCUCGGGCACAAGCUCGGAUACAAUGCCGUAGACGCAGAGAACAAAUAUGCGCCGGUCGUGCAGGUGCCAGAUGGGUCUGACGGCGAGACGCAGCCCAUGCGUGGCUUCGGCAAGGGAUACGAGGGCAUGCCGGAGGAGCUCUCCACCGUGAUUGACAUUGCGGGUUUGAAGCAGCACCUCCAAGAACUAGGCACCGAGAAAGUCCGCUGGAGCAGAGAUGCCAGGCACUAUCUGUGCGACUUCAUUUACUACGCCAGCCUGGCGGAGGCAAAGCGCAGCGCGGCUGAGCAGGCGAAGAUGACACCCGUAUUGUUCUUGCACUGCUGUCCGCAGGGCGAGCCGUAUCAGACUGAAGAGGUUACUGAUGUCAUCAAGGCAAUAGUCACCUGGGUCAGCGCACGACUCUGA